CAACUGCUGAGUUUAUUUCCAUGGCGACCGAGUUUCUUACCAGAGCCUGCAGGCAGUUUGGUGAUUUAUCCGUGGCAAUUUUUUUGCAAGGCAGAAGUCGCCUGUAAAUGCUGCUGCAUUUUGGGGCAUAUUAUAUGGGUUCAGCGCCUCGCGCAAGACCUGCAAGGCGGCGUGCUCGCUUAGAGCCGAAACAGCGAGCAGAGGCGGGAGGAGGAGAGGGUCCAUCACCUGCGCUUCGCCAAGCCGCGCGCUGCAGCUCUGCCACCGAGGCUUCUGCUGAAGCUUCCCUGCUCCGUUUUAACUCCGGGAGCCGUUUCACUUGUGACGGACACGUUUUUGCUGGGUGCUUGGCCAGGGCUGUCCUGUACCGUUAAAUUCGGAGUGUCUUUCUGUUCUAGGUGGGGGGGUGUUUGGUGCGUGGUGGCAUGGCUGAGCCUGGAUAACGUGAGAUGCGUACUGUUGGCCUUUGGAUGGUUUCCAGGAGAUUGGAGACGGGUUUUGUGCUGCAGUAUGAGCUGACGCUGUUGUGACCCUAAAAUACUGCGGACUCAGGAGACUACCUGUCAAAUCGCUCCCUUGCGCCACUGUUUUUAGUAACCUUUAAUGUGAUUUUAAAGCCUAUCUUGUGAUCUGGUUUGUGGCGUGUCCGUUAGCAAUAGUUCUGGUCUGGAUCCCCAAAUCCUUGUGGGAUGCUGAUUGCAUUCGGUCUCACCCUCUGCCUCUUCAGGACAGCGCAGAAAUUAAUUCCAGCCACUUUCUGUGCCGCCUCUUCCAGAAAAGAUGUCAUCAGCCUCGGUCGCACAUGCACGAAGGGAGCGAUGCCUCUCGCUUGAAAACAUCUUGUGCCACCCUGGCCUUUUCCAUGCUUCUCUCUUGCAGCGAUGUUUUUGUUUUGUUUCCCUUUUAAUUACGCAGGCGAGCUGUUUGCCAGAGCCCCUGUCCGGGAGGGGACCUGUCCAGGGACCAGCUCGGCCGGGCGCUCGAGAGCUGGAGAAACGGUGGCUUGUUCCCAUCUGAAAAUCAAUAGUCCAGUCCUGGCCGGGCGGCUCGCUGCUGGCCGACUCCUCGCUGUCGCGGGCUCCCGGCUCAGGGUUUUGGCCGUUUUGACGUGGCAGUAGCUCCGGGGUUUUUUUCAAAGCUUGGCCGAGGCUGGCGGUUGUUUGGCUGCUUCCCCCCAUUUCCAGGCGCCGGAGGGUGCGGGCUGGCGGGUGCCCGAGGACGCGGAGCCGCUCGGCGUUUGGUGCUCGGUGCGGCUGCCCGGCCGGGGAGAGGCUUACAAAACCCCCGCGGGAAUUUUGGGUGCGUGGGGCUUGUGCAGCCGUGCCUGGCGUUAGGUGGGGUCGGACCCGCUCGCGGGAUUGGGCCGCAGAAACCGCUGCGCGUCAACGCUCUCCGUGGGCUCGCUGUGCGCGCGAGCACGGGCGCAAGCCCUGGGCUUCGACACAGAGGCUUGUUAGUGAUCAGUCUGAGACCGCAAACUCCUUGGGGAGGGAGCCUUAAACGGCUUCAGAUUUGGAGCCCCCAGGUCCUGGGGGAGCCUGGCCGGCGGUGCUGCCUGUUCGGGUGCUGCGGUUCAGGACGUGACCGGCGCCCCGGCCCGCCUCGUUCGUGCGUGGCCCGCAGUAUUAACGCACAUCCGCCGUCACCGCUGCCCUGUGCUCGUACUUGGCUCGGCGGGGCUGGGGGUGUGGGCCGCUCUGCGGCUGGCAGAGAGGUGCUGGGGGAGUAGAUUGGGUUUCAGCAGCAUUAAAAAAAGCUAUCGGAUGCCUUACAAGCUUCUGGAAGUGCAGCUGUAUUCUCCCGUCUUGGUUUUUUUGUUGGUUUUUUUUUUUUUGGCUGCAGGUAUAACUAGGACCAGGUGUAAUUUUUUGCAUUCCCCAAAGGGAGAUAAGCCGGCAGCGCAGGAACAGUUAAGCUUUCCACCUGUGUUUUGGACACGGUCAUGAUGGUUUAAAUGCAAGAUCCAGACGGGUUAAAUGCUGUCUUACGACCUCGCGGUGUUUGUGUUGCCGCCGUCAGAAGGGUUUUGGUGUGCGCCUGGUGAACUAGUGAAGAUCCGGCCAGCUCUUGCUCCGGGCGCUCCCUGAGCAUCCCUGGGCUCCCCGAGGGCUCCCUCCUCGCCGCCGCGGCUUUUGGGGAUCUCUCCAGCCCGCCCGGAGAGCGGACGCUGUUACUACGUCCGGCGUCUUUGUUGAACCUUUAGCACGAUGUGUCCGUGAGCACAACCCGAUUGCAACACCCCGCUUUGUUUGCUGAAUUCCGUGUGCCGUUGCUUAGCGUGCAGCGGCAGUUUGGUAUAAACUCGCCGGCUGCCAACAGCGGAGUCCCCCGUCCCCGGUCUCUGUCUGCCGUUACGCGCUGGCAGUGGCCGUAGGUCGAAAUCCUCUUCCCCAGGUGGGCCGGGCGCGUUCGCCGCUCUCAUGCCCGGGGUGUGCAGGGGGGGUCGCGGAUGCUGUAUUUGCCCGGGGCUGGGUUGUUUGUUUUCUGUUUGUGUAUCUUAAUUGCAAACAAAGUGCUCCUUGCUGUUCUGCCGCGUUUGGUAACGCUCUGCCGGGGGAAACCCAGCAGCGAGAGCGCCGGGUCCGAACUUGGAGCCAGGAAUGGGGAUCCUCGGGGUUUGCAUCGUUCUCCCGGGCUCAGUUGAGCCAUAAGCAAAUUGCUUAGCGGUUUUUGCUUUCAAAGGGCUUUGUAAGUGCAUUGGAGAGUUCCCCCAGAAGCCAAAGACAACAGGAGUUUUAUUUAUUUAUUUUAUUCCCUGUGUACAGCGAUGCAAAUAACACGUGCCCUAGAGCAACGUACUUUGAUUCCCCAGCACUUGCGAUUGCCAGAGCCGUUUCCCGCGCCUGCAGCCCCCGGGCUGUGCGGCAGUGCCCAGCGCUGAGGCUUCAUCUGCAGGUCUGGUUUGGUUUUACUCGGGAAUCCGAGCCGGCUUCUCCGCUGCGGCGGGACCCCAUUUAUGAUGGGGUCAAAGCGCGUUCUUCCCCUCGUGACCUUCAGUGUUAGUCGUGAUGCUCGCGUGCGGUUUUCUCAGGUGUCGGGGAAGCCGAUGGGAAGGCGCUUUCCAAAAUGGACCGUAAGUGAACGGUUCGGCCCGCUGGACAGAUGAGCGGGGGGAGCAGCAGCAAGGGAGGAGCCGUCCCCUGCUCCCCCUGCUCCGCCUGCCCUCGCGUGCCGGGACGAAGCGGGCGAAGCUCUGUACCGCGUCGCCAGCGGCUUCCCAGGGGAAAGCGUCGGGAUUUGAGGGUACUUGAGCCGAUUUGGAGAGCUGGCAAGGGGAGAAGGUCUGUGACGCCAAGGAAUUCUUGGCGAGCCGUGCGGCUCUUUCGCUGAAUGGGCUGGAGCUUUUCGCUGGAGCAGCCGCAGCAACAGUUGCUCCCGCUCGCGGUUCCCGGGAGCCCGAGCAAACAGCCAGGCCGUGACAUUUCACCCGUUGCUUCCCUUCCUCUCCCCGCCUCCCCCGAAUAAGUCCCCACUGGAAACAUCCCCGUCCCCGGCGGCGGCGCGGCAGAGAGCAGCCCGGCGAAGCAGGAUGUGCGUGCAGCCUCGCGCGGGGAGGGAGCCCUAAAGGUUGUGUCUCCUCGCACAGCUCCUCCCGCAGCUGGUGGCAUUAGCUGGUCCCCAGGUCCUGCUGCGGAAAGGAGGGGAGAGCCCGUGGCACCAUCAUGAACGAAGUCUCGGUCAUCAAGGAGGGCUGGCUGCACAAGAGAGGAGAAUACAUUAAAACGUGGCGUCCCAGGUAUUUCCUCCUGAAGAGUGAUGGUUCCUUCAUCGGCUACAAGGAGAGGCCCGAGACGUCUGAUCACAGCUUGCCACCGCUGAACAACUUCUCAGUAGCAGAGUGCCAGCUGAUGAAGACGGAGCGGCCCCGGCCCAACACUUUUGUCAUUCGAUGCUUGCAGUGGACAACAGUCAUUGAAAGGACCUUUCACGUGGACUCUCCGGAAGAGCGAGAAGAGUGGAUGCGAGCCAUUCAGACUGUAGCAAACAGCUUAAAGAACCAGGAGCCGGAAGUAGACACGAUGGAUUAUAAGUGUGGUUCCCCUAAUGACAGCACGGGAGCGGAAGAGAUGGAAGUGGCAGUGAGCAAGACGCGUGCAAAAGCAACGAUGAAUGAUUUUGAUUACCUGAAGCUCCUGGGAAAAGGCACUUUUGGAAAAGUCAUCUUAGUGCGGGAAAAGGCCACUGGACGCUAUUACGCGAUGAAGAUCCUACGGAAAGAGGUCAUCAUUGCGAAAGAUGAAGUGGCGCACACAGUUACGGAGAGCCGAGUGCUGCAGAACACCCGGCACCCGUUCCUGACAGCGCUGAAAUACGCCUUCCAGACAAACGACCGUCUGUGCUUUGUCAUGGAAUACGCCAAUGGAGGAGAGCUGUUUUUCCACCUCUCAAGAGAGCGUGUGUUCACAGAGGACCGGGCCCGUUUCUAUGGUGCAGAAAUAGUGUCUGCUUUGGAGUAUCUGCACUCCAGGGACGUGGUGUACAGAGACAUAAAGCUCGAAAACCUCAUGCUGGAUAAAGAUGGCCACAUCAAGAUCACAGACUUCGGGCUCUGCAAGGAAGGCAUCACAGAUGGAGCCACCAUGAAAACCUUCUGCGGCACACCGGAGUACCUGGCACCAGAGGUCCUGGAGGACAACGACUAUGGACGUGCUGUGGACUGGUGGGGCCUGGGCGUUGUCAUGUAUGAAAUGAUGUGUGGUCGGCUCCCCUUCUACAACCAGGACCACGAACGCCUCUUUGAGCUGAUCCUUAUGGAAGAGAUCCGCUUUCCCCGGACCCUGAGCCCUGAGGCCAAGUCCCUGCUGGCUGGGCUGCUCAAGAAGGAUCCCAAGCAGAGGCUAGGGGGAGGUCCCAAUGAUGCCAAGGAGGUGAUGGAGCAUCGCUUCUUCGCUGCAAUCAACUGGCAGGACGUGGUUCAGAAAAAGCUGGUUCCUCCGUUCAAGCCGCAAGUAACGUCCGAAAUCGAUACGCGGUACUUUGACGAUGAGUUCACCGCACAGUCCAUCACCAUCACCCCACCAGAUCGAUAUGACAACAUGGGCUCACUGGAAAACGACCAGCGGACGCACUUCCCCCAGUUCUCGUACUCUGCCAGCAUACGGGAAUAACCGGCAGUGUUUCUGUGGCGGGGACUCGGGCUCCAAGGAGGGGAGGACGUUUUUGGGUUUGGUCACGUGGAUUUCUCUUCAGUGCUAUAGUCCCUGGGACGCCGGGGCGGUGGGGAUGCGGCCCCAGCCGCCCGUGCUCCAGCUCGCAGGCAUCGUGCCGCGCGGCAAGAACGGCGGCGUUGCCUCUUGGAAGCCAUACUGCUGCAAACAAAGUGCUCUUUCUACACGGCUCCAGCUGGCACCACGCUGUGCCUCGUUCCCUAGCCUAGGACUGCUUUUAUUUUAUUUUAUUACUUUUUUAAACUCCUAGAAGUGCUCCAACGCUUUUUGAGUGACCACCCCCCACAGAGCACCCCUCCGUGGCCUUUCUCCCUGGAAACGUUGCUGGCCCCCGUGCCCAGUCGGCCCUGCUGGGAGCGAUGGGCUCUCGCCCCAACGCUGGCAUCUCGAACCCAGAAAGGGAGGUUUGAGGAGACAAAUCCUGUGGAACUGAAACCUCUCGCAGCUGAAUCACAAGGAGUAACUUCCGUUUCCUCGCGGUAUUUCUGCUGGACACGACCCGAUGCUGGAGCGGGGCUGCCCCGGGCAGGGGGUGGUGACCCCCAGCCCCCAGACUCCAGGGGAGGUGGGGCAGCUCCGCAGGGGCAGGACGCUGACGUCGUGCUGCGAGUGCACAGCCACGGUGCCUGUCUGUCCUUGGCCUCUUCAAUCUUCACAGCUCUUCUCUACACUUGGCCCCCGUGGGGGACCCGCAGAGACUGCAAAACACACAUCACGCCCCAAAAUCCGUGCCUCGGAGGGGGACCGCCUCUUCCCCCGCACGAGUUCCCCCUCUUGCCGGAGCCAGCCGGGCGCUGGGGGACGGCCCUGUCCUUUCCGCAGAGAGGCGAGGAGGACGGGGGGGGGGGGCAGCCCUGCUGCCUGUCGCCUCCCGCGAGGAUCGCCGGUGUCGGAGGGGAGCGGGCCCACACAGGGCGAGAACCCCUCGAAGACGCAGACGAUUGUAAAAGCAAUAGUUUUUCUUCCGUUGCCUUAAAGCGAGGUGCUGCCAGGAGCCGGGCGGCACAGCUGCACGCGGGGUCCCUGCUGUCACAGCAGGCCGGCGCAGGACCCCCGUCCCCGCCACCAGCCCGGGGGGCAGCCGCCCUUCCCUCCUGCAUCCCCCUCCUUGCGGAAAGGCUCGAUGGUGUGGGGCCGGGAUCCUGGCUGGGACCCGCGGGCACCCCGCUCGCCUGGUGGUGGGGCGCAGCCGCGGGGAGGGCUUCCUUCCCCGGCAGCUCUGGCAAACGGUGCUUUUGCCCAAAUGCAAGAGCCGUUGAUCCCCGCCGGCGGCGUUGCCGAGGGACAGUUGUUUUUUACCAAGCGAGUGCCGGCGGGGGGGACGGCGGGGUCCCCCCUCUGUAAACCUCUCCACUGCCAGCGUCAGGAUUGACUUUCUUCUCGCGCAGCUCCAUUGCCGGCAAUGGAUCUGCGCCGAACAGACAGACCCGGCACUCGGGGCCUCGUGCCGCACGCGUGGUCCUCGCCCACGGCGCGUUUCAAUAAGGAGGCUGCGGCCUGUCUGCGUGCCAGCGCUGCGCACGCACACCGGUGCAUGCUUGCAUGUGCAUGCACUGCCACGUGUGCGAGUGCAUGCACCGGUGUGCUCACGUGCAUGUACUGGUGUCGGCUGGGUGCAUCCUUGGGGCGCUGGGGACAGGCCGUGCCGACGCGCGGGUGACGGUGCUCCCCAUGCACCGCUGCACUGGCACAGCUCGCUCGCUCUGGAGCCCUCGGAGCUCACGCGGCCAAAUCGCUCCUCUCCCAAAGGAGACGCAGACGGGGCAGGGCUGCCCAUGUCCUCUGGCUCUUGGCAUCGCCCGCGGACGUGUCGGGCUGCGACAAGCUGGACUUGCCGCCCGCCGCAUGCUGGGGCAGCCGGGCCGGGACCGUGACUUCUCGCUGGCUGCGUCUCUCGGGGCAGCAUCGCGCCGUGCACGGGCGUCCAGGCCGCGGAGGCAUCCGGCUGCGGUUCUUGUGUGACUUCAAGGCGGGAUCCUGCACCCGGUGCCUUUUCCCGCAGCCCCCAGAGCAGCUGAUGAGCCUCGUCCCUCCCGGCCGGGGCUGGGCUCCCGCGUCCCCCCGCAUCGCCCUCCGCGGAGCCCGGCCAGCGGCGCCCCACGGCCGGGGCUUUUUCCUUUGUCUUUUCAAGCAGGGAGGAAUCGAGGCGACAACUUGCUUUUUCUUACUUAGUUUCUAGUUGUCCGAAUGGAGUCGCAUUAACUUAAAAUACCGACGCGGCGAGCGGGGCCGGGGGUGCUCCGGCCGGGCCGCUGCCCGGAGCGCGCUGCCGCGGUGCCGGUCCCGGGAGACGAGACCCUGUAAGAUACGUCGUGAGAUUCGGUGUUUUGGCUUCCCCCGGCGCGGUGAGACGCUGCAGCACCCGGCACCCGGCCGGCUGCUUUCACCCGCCCUCGUAUUUGUACGGUACAAGCAAUAAAAUGGAUUUUUUUUGGAGGAA